CAUUUCUCUCCCAUCAACUUUUACGUUCCAACUAUGUCUUCUUCAGCUAAAUUUACUACAAAUUUGUUCAUCAUGUUUCUCUUCCACAGCCUAGCAACAGGUUCAUACUCUGCAACAUUCACUAUCGUCAACAAGUGCAGCCUCACUGUUUUUCCCGCUAUUUUCCACGGGUUCGGAACCUCAUUGCCUUCUACCACUGGCUUUUCCCUUGACCCUGGCGAAUCCAAUGUCCUCGCCAUGCCCCGUUCCUGGUCGGGACGUUUAUGGGGGAGAACCCAUUGCUCCCACCACUCCAAUGGAAAUUUCUCUUGCCUCACCGGCGGCGGUGACUGUGCUUCCUCAACCAUGGAAUGUAACGGUGGAAACGCUUCCUCACCAGCCACGUUCGCAGAAUUUAACCUAAACGCCAAAUCCAGUGGAUUUGAUUUCUUCCGCAUCAGCUUGGUAAAUGGUUACAAUCUACCAAUGGUGGUUGAGCCUCAAGUCGGAAACGGCUCUGGCAAUUGCACAUCGACGGGCUGUAUGGUACCAUUGGGCACAGUGUGUCCAUCGCAGCUUAAAGUGAUGAGUGGAGGAGAUUGCAUAGGGUGUAGAAGUGCGUGCAAACCAUUUUCUAAGCACUGCUCCUCGAAGUUCUUCGCAAAGGCAUGUCCUCACGCCAAAGUCGAUGCCACUAAAACCUUUCAGAGUGUUUGUGCAACUACUGAUUACUUCAUCACUUUUUGCCCUACCUCCACAAGUAGGAUGGAGCCGAGCAAAGAGAAAAACCCUACUACGGUGGACAACUCAGGAGGUCAAAAGAAAGGGUCAACCAAAGACAAAAUUGUCAACUUUUUUCUUAAAAAUAAAAAACUACUGAGCAUUGUUGGUGCUGGUGUUGGUAUUGUGGUUGUCAUUGUGAUAACCAUCUCAUGUGCCUGCGCCUGUACCAAACAUGGUUGCAAUUGCAUCUUCGGCUUGAGCGCAGGAAUCAAAUCCAAAUUGCCUCAUCAUCUAUUCGAGUCUACAAAGAUUGAAGAAUUAUUCUUUGCAGUUGAGCGCAAAGAAAUUGAGCGCAAAGGAAAUCCAAUCAUAGAGACUACUUAUUAGUUAAUAUCGUUUCUUUCAGUUGGUGAAGUUAGUAACAUUUAUGGUUUCUAGGUGUUUGUUGUAUUGUUUUUGAAUUUUCCACUUUAAGUCAUCAGUACUUUUAA